AUGAUCACGAUUGGCGAUAAUAUUCGCGGGCAACGGAUGCUGCGCCUUCUGCUCGCAUUUCACCUGAUCGGUCUUUGGUAUUCCCCCACAACGGCUCUGACAGUCGACAAUCAAUUGGUCUCCGCACGCAAUGACUGCUUCGAGCGGAUCGCAUUGGAGGCGAUGCUGCCAUUUGAGAAGACCUUCCGCACCGAAGACACCAACUCGCUGAAGAUGUGCAAGGAGAAGUGCCUGCAGGCGGGCGAGAAGUGUCAGGCGAUCUCGUUCGGUGUUCAUCGACGCGGAAACGGCACUUGUCAGUUGUCAUCGGAACAGUACGGCUCCGGGGGCGGAGGUCGGCCGGGGGGUGUGAUUUUCGAUCCCGACUUUGAUCUGUACACGCGCAAGACGAACUGCUUCGAUUUGAGCGACAAUUCGAUUGGCCCCGGCCUCCAGCCCGUCCCGGGUCCCAGUCCCAUCUCGCCGGGACCGACGCCCGUGGAUUUGCCCAACCGACCGCUGGACGUGGGCAAUACCCCCGUGCUGGUGGUGAAUCCCACUCCACAUACGGAUGGUGGUGCACCGCCGCCUCCGCCGCCACUCUCCUCGCUGGGACCAGCUCCUGGGUUGGGAGAUCGCCUGUACUUCUCCCACGAUCUAUAUCCGCUGUACAAGUAUCCCACUCUCUACGAGAACAACUAUCCGUCGCCCAAUGAAGAUGUCUACAUUCCCGGGGGUUAUGCUGCCAAUGCUCCCGAGGUGGAUGAACGCUAUCGUCCACAUUAUGGCCCAGUGGAUCAUGCGGAGGAUGAAGGCCCAAGACCCACGCCACAUGGUCCGCCUAGACCCAUCUUUGGGUUGGGUUAUGGCAAUGGCUAUAGCUAUGGCUCACCGGAGAGAUAUACACCACCGCCAACGAUGAGACCUUCGAGCGGUUCUUCGGAAGAACGACCCAGCUAUGCAGCCAGGCCGCCACCCAGACCUACUGCUGAUCGUCCAGAUUAUCCGCCAGGGCCGCCGCCGCCACCACGUCCCUAUGACAGCUCCACGCCGCCUUCAUACGGACCACGACCCAGUCCCAGCUAUGAUGGGCCGCGUCCCAGUCCCAGCUAUGAUGGACCGCGUCCCAGUCCCAGCUAUGAUGGUCAUCGAGAGCCACGUCCAGACUACACCAAUCGUCCGGACCCGCCGCCACAUCAACCCCAUGAUGGUUAUGGAAUGAAUGGACCCUCGGCCAGACCUUCUCCUCCUCCCUAUGAAGCUCCUCCGCCGCCAAGAGAUGAAUAUAUUCGAAGGAAUGGCAGUGCCAUGCGUCCAGCAGAUGGUUAUGGAGGCUAUGAUGAUGACAAGACUAUAGCCACCUAUUUUAAUCCAGAUGAUUUUAAACGACCCAUGCCCGGUGACAGAGAUCGAGAUAGAGAUCGGGAUCGCGAUCGCGAUCGUCUAGGCUAUCCCAUGGAUGAACUUAAGGCCUGCUUCCGGCGUGUCCUGGCCGGCAAACGGAUAGCACCACAUUGGGUGCGUCGCUCCAUAUCCUGCGAACGGGUGGAGGAGUGCAUGCGGGAAUGUGGUCGGGAGAGGCGCUUUAUGUGCGAAGGAUUCAACUACCGACUGGAUCCGUCGGGUCAUGGUCAGGGGGAUUGCGAGCUGGUGGAGAUGCCACUGGCCCAGAUGGACCUGUACUCCAGUCCAGAUCGGCGGGAUGCCAAUCUGCUAAGGCAUCCAGACUACGAUUACUAUGAGAGGGAUCGCAAUGCACCCAGCAGUUGUAGGCGAAGUGCUUGCCAGGAUUGCUCCAAGGGUCCAGUGAGCAGUCAGCCGGUGUACUUUAAGCCCAGCGGUGGCGGUGGAGGAUAUGGUGAUCGUGACAGGGACCGAGACAGGGAUCACUAUCGUCCGCCCAGCAGCACGGCUGUGGAUCAUUAUCGUGGUCCUUCGGGCCCACCAUCGAGUGGCUCCUAUGAGCACCGACCGCCCUUCUCCUCAGAGUACCAUGGCUCCCACAGUUCAUCCUCCUCAGUGUCCUCAUAUGAGUUCUCCUCUCAUGGCUCUGGCUCCAGUUCAGGCUCCAGUUCCGGUUACUUUGGACACACGCCUCCAAGCAGUUAUGGCGGUGGUGAGCACCCCUAUGUGGAUCGUCAUGAUCCGCCGCGAUAUAGACCUGGUGGUAUAGGCUCCCGACCGGAUCGCUGGGAAACACUACCAAGCAGCUCUGGUUACGACAGCUCAGCUUAUAGGCCACCACGUCCAGAAACGGAUCGUAUUGACAAGUAUCGACCACCUUAUCGUCCUGGCUCGGAUUUCUCACCUUACCGACCGCCAAGUCGUCCUUCGCACAAUUACCUCGACCGAGACGGAGGCGGUCCACCAGGACCACCACCUCCGCCAGGAUCAUACAAGAAGUCCAACAAAUUUGUGCCUUACCUCAUUGGCGGCGAGGACAAUUGGGGUCACUAUGGUGGUAACUACGGUGGCAGCAGCAAGCACUCUUCGUCGUCCUCCUCCUCAUACUGGGGACUAACGGAGUCGCAGAGACGGAAAGAUCAUCAGGAUUUUAAUUACUUCCAAUUGGGGGCACCACAUCGCGAGUCGAACUCAGUGCUGAGCUAUCCGGGCUCCAGUUAUGAGGAUGAUUAUCCCCGCAGGCGCAAUGAUUACCGGCAACAGUGGACGCGACGACCAGGACAGGAUGAGUGCUCGGCCAAGACCAGCGAGGGCUUCCGGCUGCACAAGACAGCCGUGAAGCAUGCCUUCAAUGUGCCCACUCUGACCGAGUGCGAGAGGCUGUGCUCUGACCAGAGGCCCAGCUUUAUUUGCCACACCUUUAGCUAUCGUUACAACCAGGCGGGCAGGGACAAUUGCAUGUUGUGCGACAGACCCAUCAAUAUGUUGGAUUACUAUGUGGACAUUGAGCCGGAUAGGGACUAUGAUAUAUACUCCAUGGCGGAUGAUAUGGAUGUGUGCCGGCAGCCACCGCGACGACAUGACACUGCUGGUCCAAGUACAGCUCUCUCUGAUCCCAGAAAUGCUCAAUGCUUCUUCCGUGCUAUUGAUGCCACAAGGUUCUUCAAGUCCAUUGUACGCGACUCUUUGACUGUUCGCUCUGUGGGAGAGUGCGAGAUGGAGUGUAUCCGUUCUACCAAGUUCACCUGCCGUGCCUUUGCCUUCCGUUAUGGACAGCAGCGGCAUGCGGGAGUCAUUGAUAAUUGCCAGCUGAGUGAUUGGCCAGUAAGGGAUAUGGACAAGGAGCGUCAUCUGAUUCUGGAUGCGGCUUUCGACAUCUUUGAGCGGGCCAGCUAUGGUCAUGGCUGUGAGAUUCAGCCCAUUGUGGAUGAGAAGCACAAGAAACUUUGCUAUUUGGGCUAUGGCUCACCGGCUCGACUGUUACCACCAGCCAUCAAGAAGGUGAUAUCGGUGCCCUCAGAGAUGGCCUGCAAAAAGGAAUGUAUACGCUUCAGGGAGACGACACCCUUCAAGUGCUUUGCCUUUAGUUAUGGAUCCCAUGCCAGCUCUUUCAACUGCGAACUCUCAGACCUCGAUCAGACCGAACUGAAGCAGGAUGUGCAUUAUACGCACACCAAGGAGCGUGAUUUCUGGCUAUUUGCCUGGAAUCCCUUCGACUGGACCUGUCGGGAUAAGGUCAACACCAUCGGUGGUUCACGGGUGAACAACGAUCGGCGAAUGGAUAUCUUCCGGGAACCGGGCGAUGUGGCCUGGCGCCAUUAUACCGUUUCCGGCAAACCCUGCCGCCGGAGUAGCCCCUGCGAGAAGAACCUGGUCACGGGCUUCUAUUCCUGCGAGACGGAUGCCUCCGAGGUGGGUUCCUGGGACUAUUGCUGCAAGGCGGAUCAUCCGUGUGGCUACAGUAAGGGCUUUGACUAUCCUUGGUGCUUUGUGGGCGAUGAGUUUGAUCAGUGGCGUAAGUGUAGCGAUCGGUAUUUCCCUGGAAAGAAUUCCACUCAGGUGACACACUCUCACUUUGGCCUGCCCAGUGCCAAGGAGAAGCAGAAGCAUCCACAUUCGUCGCAUCCCUCGCAGCAGGCCACAGCGGCCAGCAGUGAGUAUAGCCAGCAUCCGCCGCGUCCUGGAGGACUCCAGAGCCUUAGCGACUUUGCCGCCGCCCGGCUGUGGCCCGUGACCUACCUGUACAGUGAGGGCCCGCCCAAUGCCACCGAGUUCAGCAACUUUGUCGACUGCAACAAGGAGUCGUGCUAAUUGUAGUUGCUCUUUAAUGUUAAGACAUAAAUAUAUAUAGAUGUACAAUAGAAGCUCCCCCCAAUGAAAUCCCCGUUGUACUCCGAGCCGCGUCGACGUUGUCGUUGCUGUGAUCAUCAUUGAGAUUUGGAUACCA